AUGACUUCAUCUCUAAUCGAUAAACUGGACGCGGAUCCCUGCAUAGUCGCUCGCCCAGAUUCUGCCCUCACAUUAACCGGCACCCUCGACGUCCAAGGCCCCUUUUGCGUAUCACAACAUCACAAUUCCGUAUUCCUACACUUGAAUCGCCGGAAACGUCGCCUCUGGACUCCAAUGGCUGCCGCAACGUCCGCAACAGUGACGGUCGACCCGCCCGCCGUCAAGAAGCGUGGGCGGCCGAGGAAGGUCGUAGACGAGAGCGCGGCGCAGCCAGAGAAGCCUGCAGCGAGGAAGGCGUCGACCAAGGCAUCGCCCAAGGCAAAGGCUGCACCAAAGGCGAAAACAAUCGAUGCUAUGAAGGAGAAGAAGAAGACGUUGACGAGGGUGUCCGACUACAAAGCCAAGAAAGAAACGCCCACGCCCACGCCCACGCCUACACCGACGCAGAAGCGCAGCGCACAGCAAGCUACGCCUGUCACGCCGACGAGCAGCAAGAUCCUGGAUGAGGUCAAGGCAGCGGGAGCCUUUCGCAAGCCUGCUGCGACACCACCACCCGCCGAGCCUGAGCAGCCCUUCAUCCCACCUGUUCCUGGCCCAGCACCAGUCGCUCCAAUCAUGCCUGCGGCGACGAGCCCUGUCGAGAGCGCAGACACGGCGCCUUCGACGUCUUCAACGCCGCCGCCUCCACCAGAAGAUCUUGAACAGCCGUUCAUACCGCCGAUCCCUGGCCCGGCACCGGUCGCCCCGAUCCAACAGCCCAUUGACAAUACGCCUCCAAAACCCGUCAUUCCACCUACACUUAGCGCCGCCGACGAACGCGCGAACAUUAUCCCGCCUAAGCCACGCGCAACCAUCAUCUCGCUCCCGCGCAACCCGCUCACAGCACCCUCUCCCACCACAGAACCCUCGAGACCGCGCGUCAGCUUUGUAGAUCCCGCGCCACGGGCACCUCGUACGCAGAGAUAUCCCACGAGGAUCAUCCAACCAAUGCCGAACGCAAAGCUGCCGCCAAAGUACAAAAAGGCAGCGAGGCAGGUGACGAGCAUCAUGGUGGGCAUACCGUUCAUCAUCGUGGUGGGAUAUGAAUUGUACGGGAGGUGGAAGAACGAGAUCAGCAUCAAGUUUGAGGAGAGGGCGAGCAGGGACCAGCCUGGACAGCUGAGUGGGUAG